CCAUUCAGUGAAAUCGCUCAGUUUCGAAUUCGUAUCUUUUAGUUCGUUCCGAUACGAACUCUCUCCGCAGUCGGGUUUUCAGCUGAGAGUGCGAUACUACCCCAGUGCAGAGCGUAUCUUUCAGUUCGUGUAUCUUUCAGUCCGUAUCUGACUUUCGUCGUGAGUGCAACAUCGUUUGUGUACCGGCAACAAGAGCCAACCACCACUACCACUACCAACAACAACAACAACAAUAACAAAAACAACAAGAAUAUAGACAAGAACAGCAACAACAAGUGACGUGAGACAAGAGCGGUUGACAAAAACAAGAAUCAGUUGCAACAGCAUGUGUUGCAUGCCGCGAACAUAAACAAUAUAUUCUAUUAAUAAUAGUUGAUGCCACAAAAAAGAGAAAAUCAAAAAAAGUAAUAAGUAAAGAAAACUGCAGUCGGAAAGUGAAACAAAUAAAAUAGCAGACCAAGUGUACGUACGGUGUACGGUGUACGCUUUUGAACUGUUCCCAGGAAAAGAUCUGGAAACAAGGCCAUUAAAAAUGUGUUAGGAAUCCCCGUGUGAAUCCUGCACUUGAUAGACAAAGACGAAAUACCAUCCCAGCACCAUGGACAUGACCAAACAGAUUGUCGACUUCGAGCUGAAGUCGGAGACCGAGAUGGCCGGUGUGGAGCAGUACGAGCCGAGUGACUACACAAUGCCGGGCCUGCUGGAGCCCAAGGAGGUGGUGGAGCCCAUUCUGGAGGAGCCGGAGGAGAGUGAUGUCAAGUCCCCGCAGGAGAGCGGAAUGGAAGCUAGUCUGGAAGAGCCCAAAGAAAACGCUUCGCACACCGACAAAGAAAUGCCAGAGAAAACAGCCGCAGAAACAGACUCAGACUCAGUCGUGGCGAAAGCCAAAGCCAGUCUGCUGAACGAUCAGGCCUUGACGCCGCCGCCACGCCCACUGACCUCCAGCGAGGUGGUGGGCCUGCGGGAUCCCGAUGACCCCGAGCUGCGACUGCGCCUGGAGGCCAAGAAGUCCCGAUCCCUGCCCGUCUCCCCGCAGCCCCAGCAAAAUCUCAAGAUUGCCGCCUCGGCUCUUUUCGAGUUCGGUCGCGGAUCAGCCCCGGUGGAGAGCAAAAUCAAAUCCAAUCCGGACGUAAAGCCUCCGAGGCGGAGAGUGGCCCCGCCCUCGGGAGGCGGUGGGGACAACCAGCAGUUCUGUCUGCGCUGGAACAACUACCAGUCCAAUCUGACCAACGUCUUUGACGAGCUCCUGCAGAGCGAGUCCUUCGUGGACGUGACUCUCGCCUGCGAAGGCCACUCGAUCAAGGCCCACAAGAUGGUGCUGUCCGCCUGCUCGCCGUAUUUUCAGGCUCUGUUCUACGACAAUCCCUGCCAGCACCCGAUCAUCAUCAUGCGGGACGUUAACUGGUCGGAUCUGAAGGCUCUGGUGGAGUUCAUGUACAAGGGUGAGAUUAAUGUGUGCCAGGAUCAGAUCAAUCCUUUGCUGAAAGUGGCCGAGACACUGAAGAUUCGUGGCUUGGCGGAGGUCAGUGCCGGCCGGGGAGACGGCGGAGCUUCCGCUCAUCCCAUGUCCGUCUACGACGACGAGGACGACGAGGAGGAGUUGGCGGCGGCAGCUGCCAUUCUCCGACAGCACGACGACGCCGAUCCGGAGGACGAGCUGAAGGCCAAAAGACCACGAUUGCUGGCAGAUGGAGCUCUGGACUUGAAUCAGCGCCAGCGGAAGCGUUCCCGCGACGGCAGCUAUGCCACGCCCAGCCCCUCUCUGCAGGGCGGAGAGUCCGAGACCUCGGAACGGGCCACUCCAGGAAACCAGAACCAGACUCAGCCCUUGGCCAUGACCACAUCCACGAUAGUCCGCAAUCCCUUCGCCUCGCCCAACCCCCAGAGCCUGCAGGGCAGCGGCGCCUCGGCCAACGAGAGGGGCGCCUCCCGGGGCUCCCCGCCACCACCCUCGGCCCAUAGCAAUGGAAGCGGCAACAGCGGAGCUGCUCUGCACUCCCCGCCCGGCUCCAGUGCCGCCCAGACUGCUCUGCCCCCGCACAUGGCCGCCGCCGUGGCCGCAGCCGCCCACCAUGCCGCCGUCGUGCCACCGCCCCCGCCCGCCUCGAUGCACCACCAUGCCGCAGCCGCUGCCGCCCAGCAACUGGCCGCCCAACACCAACUGGCUCACUCCCACGCCAUGGCCAGUGCCCUGGCAGCCGCCGCCGCAGGAUCCGGAGCUGCGGCUGCUGGAUCGGGAGCGGGAGCCGCUGCCCCCUCGUCGGGAGCCGGAGCCGGAGGCAGUGCAUCCGCCUCCUCGGUGGGCUCCCAUCACGACGACAUGGAAAUCAAGCCAGAAAUUGCCGAAAUGAUCCGCGAGGAAGAGAGGGCCAAAAUGAUCGAGAGCGGAGGACAUGGCGGCUGGAUGGGCGCCGCAGCUGCAGCCACUGGAGCAGCUUCCGUAGCGGCAGACAGUUACCAGUACCAGUUGCAGUCCAUGUGGCAGAAGUGCUGGAACACCAAUCAGCAGAACCUCGUGCAACAGUUGCGAUUCCGCGAGCGAGGACCCCUGAAGUCCUGGCGACCCGAGGCCAUGGCCGAGGCCAUCUUCAGUGUCCUCAAGGAGGGUCUGUCUCUGUCGCAAGCCGCCCGCAAGUACGACAUCCCGUAUCCCACAUUCGUCCUUUAUGCCAACCGAGUGCACAACAUGCUGGGACCCUCCCUGGAUGGCGGGGCUGAUCCUCGGCCCAAGGCCAGGGGUCGUCCCCAGAGGAUCCUCCUGGGCAUGUGGCCGGAGGAGCUCAUCCGCAGUGUCAUCAAGGCUGUGGUCUUCCGGGACUACCGUGAGAUCAAGGAGGACAUGGGAGCCCAUCAGUACGCCAAUGGACAGGCUCAUGGUUCCCACUUUGGACCAGGAUCUGCUUCGAAUGGCUAUCACAGCGCCGCCGCCGCCAAAAUGGCUGCCCAGAAUGCCGCCGCACUGGCUCCGCCGGACUCUGGUAGUCCGCUGAGCUCCAUGACGGAGACUCUGCGCCGCCAGAUCCUCUCGCAGCAGCAACAGCAGCAGCACCACCAGCAACAGCAGUCGCACCACCAACAACAGCCGUCGCACCACCAACAGCAGUCGCCCCACGGCCAGUCCAUGAACAUGUACAAGUCGCCGGCCUAUUUGCAGAGAUCCGAGAUCGAAGACCAGGUUUCCGCUGCAGCGGCAGUUGCUGCGGCGGCGGCCAAGCAUCAGCAGCAGCAGCAGGGCGACCGUCGGGGCUCCGAGAACCUUCCGGAUCUCAGUGCCCUGGGUCUGAUGGGUCUGCCGGGCCUGAAUGUGAUGCCCUCGCGAGGAUCGGCGGGCGGAGCUGGAGGCGCCGCUCCGAACAGUGCCGCCUCAUAUGCCCGGGAGCUGUCGCGUGAGAGAGAGCGCGAUAGGGAGCGCGAAAGAGAGAGGGAGCGCGAACUGUCCCGCCAAUAUGGCAGCCAGUCGCGGGGCUCUAGUUCCGGGUCCGGCAGCGCCAAGUCGCUGUCGGCCAGUCAACGACCCGGAGCUGCCUCCCCCUACUCCGCCUACGCGAAGCACCAGGCCAGCGCCUACAACAAGCGCUUCCUGGAGAGCCUGCCCGCCGGCAUCGACUUCGAGGCCAUUGCCAACGGCCUGCUCCAGAAGUCGGUGAACAAGAGCCCGCGCUUCGAGGACUUCUUCCCGGGACCCGGCCAGGACAUGAGCGAACUCUUCGCCAAUCCGGAUGCGGCGGCAGCUGCCGCAGCGGCGGCCGCCUAUGCCCCCGGUGCCGUGGGCGGGGCAGGCGGUGGUCCCGGUAUCCGGGAGUCGCCUCUGAUGAAGAUCAAGCUGGAGCAGCAGCAUGCCACCGAGCUGCCGCACGAGGAUUGAAUCAGGGGAGGAGGGGCAUUGCCCCAAUCACUGGGGUAUGGUCGUUUUUAGGGAAUUCCGGUCGUGGAAGAACUGUAAGUCUUUGACUUUGAAAGUAAGAAGCUAUUAAAAUUAUUAUUUUUAAAAACGUUAUUCUUUAAAAUUAAAAUAAAAACAAUUAUUCUAAUUUGUUUUAAAAACUAAACUUUAUUACUUUCAAAAGAUAAACUAAGAAGGUUCUCCAGACUAACCCCAGGAUUUUAGCCAAAAAAAAAAUAAAGAAAAUAACAUGAGACCACCCCCUAAUCCACAAUUAAAAAUAAAACAUAACAAUUUGGACUGCUGAUGGAAACCCCAACGUUUUUAGAGUUUAGUGCUUAGUUGAAGAGUUGCUAACUGGUUUUUAUGCCUAGGCUAGUUUUAGAGCGUAACGAGGAAGGUACAUAUAAAGUAUUAAACUAUUAUUAAAGCACACCCAAAAAAAAACUAAUAUGAAUCCAAAAACACACACACACACACACGCAUAAUCACAUACUUCGAAACUUUCCUGUAAGGAUAGGAUCUCGUACUUUUUCUUAUUUAUUUCGAGAGAGAAUGCGUUGCGUUGAUUGCCUUUUUUUGCCACGCGAAAAAUAUAAAAAUAAUAUUAAGAUAAGAGUAAAGUUAACCAUAAUGAGAGAAAAUUUAAUAUUACCAUUAGAGACUUGUGCAUUUCUUAAAUGUAGCUUAACCCUACCAUAGACAUACAAUCACACUGAAUGUUGUCAAAAAACUGGUAAUUACGAUACAUACAUAAAUAUAUUAUAUACAAGCCUAUGCAUAUACUUUUAGAUAUAUAGAGAAUACGCCCACUUACACACGCCCAAAACAUAUAUAAUUAUAUUAAUGGUAUUUCCAAAUGUAACUGUAAAUAAUGUACAAAUUUCCAUAGCUUUAGGCUUCGACUUAAUCUUAGAUAUACCGCCUCCCAAAGCCCCAUCCCCAUCCCCAUUCCCAUUCCCUCAAAUAGAGCUCCUCCCUCAAGUCCCCUCUAUACAAAUGGCACUUAUUCUAUGAUAAUCGGAUAGAGAAGCUCGUACUGUAACAUUGUAAAUGAAUGAAUGAGCAAACAACGCAGGCAGGCAGGCAGGCAGCAUCACAUUAUAAUUGUGCUAAUUUUAUGUAAACAAUUACCCAUACACACACCCACACCCACACACAACACACAAUCGCACACAAUACCCUCGACUGCAUAUGUAUUGUCCGUACUCUGUGAGUGAACUAUUAUUAUUAUUAUUAUUAUUAUUACGACUAUUAUUAUUAUUAUACAUACUGUAUGUCCCCGAAGAUGCACGAGGCAUUCUUAUGUUUAGUUGAACCGUAAAUUAUACAACAAUAAACGGAAAAUAAAAACAAAUUGAGAAACUAAUUGUCAACCAAUA